AUGUCGUUGAAUAUACAUAUCAAGUCUGGUCAGGACAAGUGGGAGGUGGCUGUGGCACCUGAAUGCACAGUGUUGCAGUUCAAGGAGGCGAUAAGCAAGGCGAACUCCAUCCCGGUGGCAAAUCAAAGAUUAAUCUACUCGGGGAAGAUUCUAAAAGAUGACCAAACCGUCGAUUCAUACCACAUCCAGGAUGGCCACAGCGUCCAUCUGGUGAAGUCGCAGCCCAAGCCAGACGCCGGUGGUGCCACCGGCGCGAAUAACGCCACCGCCACCAGUGCAGCAGUCGGAACCAGUGCCACCCCAAACAUGUCUUCGGGACAAAGUGCAGGCUUCAACCCAUUGGCCGAUUUGACCAGUGCUAGAUACGCCGGAUACUUGAAUAUGCCCUCUGCGGACAUGUUUGGCCCGGACGGUGGUGCGUUGAACAAUGACUCGAACAACCAGGACGAGCUGCUGAGGAUGAUGGAGAACCCCAUCUUUCAGUCGCAGAUGAACGAGAUGUUGAGUAACCCACAGAUGCUAGACUUUAUGAUCCAGUCCAACCCGCAAUUGCAGGCCAUGGGCCCGCAGGCCAGACAGAUGCUACAAAGUCCCAUGUUCAGGCAAAUGCUCACAAACCCGGAAAUGAUGAGACAGAGCAUGCAAUUCGCAAGAAUGAUGGAUCCCAACGCUGAUAACAGCGCUGCAUCUGCAUUCCCCGCUCCUGGUGGGGAUGCCUCAGAGGAGGGCGCCAACACGAACGCUGUCCCAUCGUCAAACGCAGGGACCAACGGAAGUGCCAACGCUGCAGCAAAUCCAUUUGCAUCUCUACUAAACCCUGCAUUGAAUCCUUUCGCCAACGCAGGAAACACCGCGCCCACGGGGAUGCCCGCCUUUGACCCUGCAUUACUAGCGUCCAUGUUUCAACCGCAGCAAGCCUCCGCACAGGCCUCCCAACCGGAGGACUCCAGACCACCAGAGGAGCGCUACGAGCACCAACUAAGACAAUUGAACGACAUGGGCUUCUUCGACUUCGAUAGAAACGUCGCGGCCCUCAGAAGAAGCGGCGGCUCCGUCCAAGGCGCUCUUGACUCACUACUGAACGGAGACGUCUAG